UAUCAAUUUUUCGAAUACAGUCAGAUGAAUCCGACGGAAAUCAUUCUCACGACUACAAGGGAUCGUCAGAUUGUCUCUAAAACAAGGUUGUAUUUUCCAGCGAUAUAAGCGGGAGAUGUUCCACAUUGCAAGAUUUGUUUGACGAUCGUAGUUUUUAUGAAGGAAAUUUUUGUUUGAUUCAACUUAUGUAUUUGUUUGAUUCGAUUGCUUAUGUAGAUGUCGUAUGACUUUUUAUUAAUGAAUUAAUUUUACUAUUCAAAAAAAAAAAAAGUGAGGUGGUACAUCUAUAUUUAAUUUUUUUCUAGUAACAUAAAUUAACGAUAGUCUCCAACUAUCUGACACUGAAAUAACGCAAAAAAUAUCCACUCUCUACCCUACCAACUUAUAAUACAUUAAAAAAGGAUUCUCUAUGUUAUCAAAAUAAAUACAACACUGUCACACUUAUUGAUACUAUAUAUACUCCCUCCGUCUAUAAUAUUUACAAUUUUGUAACACGCAAAUUAAGAAAAUAAUAUAAAUCAAACAUAUAUAUAAAAGCUUAGAACUAAAAGCUUGAUCACAAGUAUUACAAAACGAGUGUGUCUAUACUACAACAUGAUGAAAUGGUUUAAUAUAUAAGAAAUUCACGAGUUGAAGAAGGCACAAGUAUAAAGAAAAAGAGAAUAAUAAGUUGAGAGAGACUUCAACUAAGAGAGAGAAAGAUCAACAAGGAUAGAGAGAGAGUGUAGUGCGGUGCUUUGAGUUAAGCUAAGCUAGGACUUAUCUCAUGUUUGCUUCACGUAAGCAGCUUAAUGUGUCUUUGCUUUUUCGCGUGGCUUUAAAGAUUUGUUCUCCUCAUCCUUCUUCUUCAUCUUCAUCUUCUUCUUCUUCAUAUACUUAAGCAUUAUUUCAUUUCUCACAACCCAAAAAAAAAAAAAAAACAUAAAAAAAAUCAUCAAAUACAUCCCUAAAAAACAAACCAACCCAAUAAAACACUCACCUACUUUUACCCCUUACUCUCUUAUAUCAACCUUCUCAUUUGCUCCACCAAAAAAAAAAAAAAUAUCACCCUAUAAAAAAAAAAUCAUAUAACAACCCUAAGAAAAAAAAAUCCAAAAAAAAAAUAAAAAAUUUGAGGGUGUUGGUGAAGUGAUCAUAAUGAGUUGUGCAAACCCGGGAAGUAGCGGUGGCGGAAGCGGCGGAGGAGGAGGAGGAGGAAGUGGUUGUGGAGGCGGUAGCGGCGGGCCGUGUGGGGCUUGUAAAUUUUUGCGUAGGAAAUGUGUUGUUGGGUGUAUAUUUGCACCUUAUUUUGAUUCAGAGCAAGGUGCUGCACAUUUUGCAGCGGUGCAUAAGGUUUUUGGAGCUAGUAAUGUGUCAAAGUUGUUGCUUCAUAUACCAGUGCAUAAAAGACUUGAUGCUGUUGUUACUAUUUGUUAUGAGGCUCAAGCUAGGCUUCGUGACCCCGUUUAUGGUUGUGUUGCUCAUAUAUUUGCUCUUCAACAACAGGUUGUAAAUUUACAAGCGGAGCUCACAUACUUGCAAGCACAUCUAGCAACCCUAGAGGUUCCAACACCGCCGCCUCCACCACCACAACCGCUAAUGCCACCACCACAACUAUCAAUCGCCGACCUCCCAUCGGCAUCCACGGUGCCUGCCACCUAUGACCUAUCCUCUCUUUUUGACCCAAUGGUCCAACCAUUAUGGGCCAUGCAUCAACAACAACAACAACAACAACGAGGUCCAAUGGACCAACGCCUAUUUGGAUCAACUGAUAGAGGCCCAACCAUUGGAUCUGGAGGGGGUGAUCUACAAGCAGUGGCACGUGAGCUACUCCAUAGACAUGGAUCACCAACUAUUGGGCACAUGCAUGAUCCAUCACCUUCAUCAUCCAUGUCUAAAUGAGAGUAUUUGACUCCGAUUAACAAGUACUUGACCCGAAACAUUUUGAGAUAAUAUAUGCUCAGAUUAGGAAAUUUGGGUUUACAUCAGUACAAUUUGGAUAACUGAUCUACCCUUUGUCGUAAUUAUUAUUGUUAUUAUUAUUAUUAUUUUUUCCUUAAUCUUUUCCUUUGUCUAAUGGAAUUUUAUGUUAUAUAUAAACGCUAGAAAGAAAAGGUCAGAUUUUCGUUAAUUAAUAACAUAAUAUAGGUAUACUAUUAUAAUCUA